ACGAGAAAAUGCCUGAAGUUGAUGUUCUGUACUCUGAUGUCAAGUUCACAAGAGAGAGGAGAAAUGCACACGAGACCAGUUCCUCACCUGCGGACACCACAUACUCCGAGGUCAAGAUUGUGCAGACUCAGCCACCCACAGAGCUUCCUGGUUCCCAACAGCUGGAGUCAAAUGGACGAUCAAAGGUCACAUCAGAGAGAGUGGCCUUGGUAAUUCUCAGUGCUCUCCUGACGGCUGCUGCCAUCGCCCUCGGCCUGACCUCUUACAAAAACAUUGAAACCAUGGAACGUCUCCAGAGGCUGACGCAUGAGCAUGACACCGUGAUAAAAAAUCUGACAGAGAAAUGCUGUGGAGUCAAGUCAUGCAACAAGGUGCAGCAUAUGAGCCCACAACCUCCUGGGGAAAAAAAUACCUCCAACAAAGACGGCUCAUGUCCAAAAUGUGAAGAAGGCUGGGAGCAACAUGGAGGACAGUGCUAUUAUUUCUCCACCGAUAAAUCAACCUGGGAAGAAAGCAAAAUAAAAUGUCGACAACAUCCGGGGGGAGACCUGGUUAAGAUAGACAGUAGAGCUGAACAGGCCUUCCUGGAGCUGAAACUGAGAAAAAAAAUGAACAUUCCUGAGGACAAGUUCUGGAUUGGACUGACAGAUUCAAAGUUAGAGGGAACAUGGUUGUGGGCAGACGGCUCACUGCUGAACACAAGUUUGACUUUUUGGAGCAGCGAGGAGCCAGACAACUGGAAAGGGGAAGAUCCUGCUGGAGAGAACUGUGUGAGGAUGGGGGAGAAAGCAGGAGCUGAAGACCUGCGCAUUUGGUUUGAUAAAGCCUGUAAAAAGCCUCAGAGAAGUAUCUGUGAGAAACCAGCAGAUCCUGGACAUUUAAAAUGUGUCUGAAAUGUAAGUUCAGUGUUAAAGAAGCUCAGUGAAGGAUGCAGAAUGUUGAGCAAUGCUGGUUUUGUACAGGUAAUAAUGAACAGGAUGUAGGGUAUGCACCUCUAAAACACUUGGUGCUGUACUACCUGUUCGUGCUAAGUGUCCAGGCAAGGGUAUUUAGACAAACUAAUCACAGAUCCACAUAACCUAACAGCCCAAAGAUGGAUUACAGACUCAAAUGCACCACCUCCACUUACAAACCUGGAUGUUGUAAACUAUCUUGUGUUUGGACAGAGUACAAACAAUUUGGUAACAAAGGUAACAGAACCCUUACCUCACAAGAUGACAACCAUGUCACUGUGAUGUACCUUCACAUUCUCUUUUGCGCAACAUUUCAAAGACUUUCAAUGGUUGGUUCUACUUUAGAGUAAGACUGACUCUCAGUCAUGCAGAUUACAACCACCUGAGUGACGCAUGUGUUUGUGUCUAUGUAUAUUGCUUGUCCUGCUUUGUGAUGGUGAUUUGACAGCGUAUGACGAGGUGCAGCAUU